UGGGAGAGUUGACGAGUUGCGCGUGAAGUGUGGAAAGACGUGUCAUAUAACCUCUGUUGUUAGAUUUGAAAGUUUGCGUUAAUUAAAAAUUUUAUGAUUUAAAACACAGAGCGAGAGAGAGAGAGAGAGAGAGAGAGAGAGAGAGAUUUAGAGUUGAGAUUGUGCGUUUGUAUUGAAAUAGGCAGUGGAAUUUAUAUUCCUUUGUAAUUCUUCACCUCUGAGUCUGGAAGGUGCUGAGAAAGAAAUCGCUUUUUCUUCACAACCUGUAAAGAGCACGAGCUACCGGUUUGAGAAGGAUGUAAACACGCCUGAAGCAGCGCGCGCGCACGUGUGUGCGCACUGUUGAGAAGCCGUGCUGCUGUUGUAAGCAGAGCUGGCACAGACGGUGAGAUCCGCUUCCUGUGCGCGCGCUUCUCACUCACAGCGCGACAUUAAUGCGGACUGAGGAAGCCGCGAGACAACUCCAAGUUUAAACUGAUUUGUGAAGACUUUGGACGUUUGUGUUUUCGCUUCAGCGCGCAGUGCAGUGCACGUGAGAGGUAAAGCGAACCCGGAGGAAGCGCGCUUUGCAGUUUGUCGGAAGUGUUUGCAUUGGGGCAUGUUUGCACUGUGCGUCUGGCGGGAAACCUGUUUCGCGUCCUGUUUCCCCGUGAAGCGUCGCGUGGAAGUGUGAGCGGCGGCGACGCACGCAUGAGCCGCGCGCUCGGAGCGGCGCGCACUCUCGGCCGGCUCCGGUGAGGACAUGCCGCGCGACCGCGGCGUAGACGAAGGCGCUUCCGGCGGCGUGCGCCUCGAAACACGCGGCACGGAGGACGUGGAACGGGGCGGCGGGGUCGCGCGGCGCCCGGGUACGGACGGACGGCGGGGAGAGCGCGGCGCCCGCCUCAGCCUGCUCGGCAAGCCGCUGGUAUAUGGCACGCAGUGUGGCCGCAGGAACGCGCGCUACCGCCGUUUGCAGAACUGCCUGUACAACGUGCUUGAGCGACCGCGCGCCUUGGCGUUCGUCUAUCACGCGCUUGUGUUUGUGUUGGUGUUUGGCUGCUUGGUGCUGUCCGUGUUCUCAACCAUUCCUGAUCAUCAAGAAAUGUCAUCACGUUCUCUGUUCAUAUUGGAGUUUGUGAUGAUUAUUGUGUUUGGGAUGGAGUACCUCGUGCGGAUCUGGUCUGCAGGCUGUUGCUGCCGGUAUCGGGGAUGGCAGGGACGACUGCGGUUUGCCCGAAAGCCGUUCUGCAUUAUAGACAUCAUUGUACUGAUUGCAUCGGUCGCCGUGGUUUCGGCCGGUAGCCAAGGCAACAUCUUUGCCGCGUCGGCACUGAGGAGCAUGCGCUUCCUGCAGAUCUUGCGCAUGGUGCGCAUGGACCGCCGCGGAGGCACCUGGAAGCUUCUGGGAUCUGUAGUUUACGCACACAGCAAGGAGCUUGUGACUGCCUGGUACAUCGGCUUUCUGGUGCUCAUCUUCGCCUCCUUCCUCGUCUACCUUGUAGAGAAGGACUCGAAUAAGGAGUUUUCUACGUACGCUGACGCACUCUGGUGGGGCACUAUUACUCUGACCACUAUUGGCUAUGGAGAUAAGACUCCCAAGACAUGGACGGGCCGCUUGCUGUCCUCAGGCUUCGCGCUGCUCGGCAUCUCCUUCUUCGCUCUGCCUGCGGGUAUCCUGGGUUCAGGUUUCGCUCUUAAAGUCCAAGAGCAGCACCGACAGAAGCACUUUGAGAAGAGAAGGAAUCCUGCAGCUUGCCUCAUCCAGUGUGUUUGGCGUAGCUAUGCGGCUGAUGAGAACUCGGUUUCCAUUGCUACCUGGAAGCCACAUUUAAAGGCGUUGCAUACCUGCAGUCCUACAAAGAAGGACCAAGCGGAGACCUCGACAAAUAAGGGUCUUAGUGAUAAGCGCAGACUUCGCAGGAAACUGAGUUCAAGGAGUCAGAAGCUGAGCUUUAAAGACCGUGUAAGGAUGGCUAGUCCUCGCGGUCAGAGCAUCAAGAGCAGACAGACGUCCGUCACAGACCGGCGUUCCCCGGGCGCUGAGAUCAGCACCGACGGCCCAAGUCCAACCAAAGUACAGAAGAGCUGGAGCUUCAACGACCGCACUCGCUUCAGACCCUCUCUCCGCCUCAAGAGCCAGUCCCGCUCCACCACCGAUGGUGAGCCUAAUAUGGCACCAGAGGAGGGUGUCGAUGAGAAAGGCUGUCACUGUGAGAUCUCCGCUGAGGACUUGUUACCAGCAGUGAAGACCGUCAUCCGAGCAGUCCGGAUCAUGAAGUUCCACGUGGCAAAAAAGAAGUUUAAGGAGACGCUGCGUCCGUAUGACGUUAAGGACGUGAUCGAGCAAUACUCAGCAGGACACCUAGACAUGUUGUGCCGGAUUAAAAGUUUACAGACGAGAGUGGACCAGAUCCUGGGGAAGGGGCAGGUCCCUGUAGAUAAGAAGCUGAGGGAGAAGAUGCUGUCUGAUGGGGAUCUGCUGGAGGACGUCAGCAUGUUGGGGAGGGUGUGUAAAGUCGAGAGGCAGGUACAGUCUAUUGAAUCCAAGUUGGACUCGUUGCUGGACGUCUACCGGCAGGUCCUACAAAAAGGCACCUCCUCAGCUCUAAGCCUGUCCUCUCUGCCCCUGUUUGAGCUGGCACAAACAACAGACUACCCAAGUCCAGUCUUUACCAAGGAUCUCUCCUCUCCCUCGCAGUUCAGCCAAAUGAGUGGCUCCAACUUCCCCCGGGGCUUCCAUGUCAUCUUGGCUCCCAAUGAGUUCAACUUCAACUUGAACAAUUCAUCAGGGUCUCCCUCUGUAGAUGACAAGCUCAGUUCUGCCUCACCAUUUAGCCCAUCUCCGCUUCAGCCUCUUGCCACACCCACCACAGAUUGCCCACCUGCUUUCAUGGCAAACAAUGUUCACCCUGGUGGGGUGCAUUUUCCCAGACUCGCCAGCCCUCCCCCACCCCCUCUGGCGUCUACACGGUUUCAGCUGCCCCUGUUACCACCUCAGUCAGGCCAAGUGAACAACAGAUCAACCCAAUCUCAAUCCAGUCCUUCUGAUCAUUUCCCGCCCUCCUAUUCAAACAGAUCCCUGCAGGACUUGGCACCAAGCGUUAGAAAUCAGCCCAGCACCAAAGAGGACACUUCCUGGAGGAGACUUAUGAGCCCAGAGAUGGGAAUGGAGGUGGACCCUCUGGUGGAGCUCUCACCCUCUUCAGUGUCAGAUGGAGGAGACCAGGCUGUGGGAAAGUCCUUCUCUGUCCAGGACCUCAUUGGGAUUCCAGAGGUUGAUGGUCACCACAGCCUCUCAGCCAGCAGCAGCCAGGACUCUUUGGCUGCAGAGAGUGAAAUGGGAGGAGGUGGCUGGGCCGAGGCUGAUCUCUUCAUUGCAGAUGGAGACCUGGAGAACUCAGUUCAGUCUCGGCCCCCAGGCUUUGGUUUCCUGGCACAGCCUGCUGCAAAUUCCAAUUUCUCCUCUGAACUUUUGAGGACAGGGGCAGCAACAAGGGAUGGCCUCAGCCUAUCGCCCAAAAUGGGUGGUACGCAACCUUUCAUUAUGCCACACAUUCGGCUAAAACAAUAAGUCGUGGACAUGACGAACUCUCAUUAGACUUGAUCUUCUUGAAGGACAUAACUUGCUUGAAAGCUUUGUCUUAUUUUAAAGUAUUUUAUUUUAGAAGCUGGAAAUGGGAGCUUGGAAAGGCAAGAAUGGAGUUUGGGGUAUUGUUUUUAUGUUCGUUUUUUUUUUUUUAAUUUGUUUUCAUUUUAGAUUUAAUUUUAUAUAUUGUUGUUGUUAAGUACUGAUUUAUUUAAGAAGAGAAAAAAAUUUCAUACAGUGAACAUACAUGAGGACUAUUCAUUGCAUGUAGUGUGUUUUUUUUAAAGCACUGUAUUACUGUGUUAGCCUAACGAGGGAAAUCCGCAACAUAACGAAAAGGCGCUUUCUCACAUACUGUAUUAUUCCUUGCUUAGUUCAGAUCAAUGAAAUUGACACGUUUCCUUUUGGGGAAUUUUCCAUUUCACGUCACAACAAAAAAUACCUUGCAUGCGGAGACCGAUAGGAUUGGAUAUGUACUUUAUAUGUAAAUCUUUUAUUGAUUGGCUCUUUUGUGUAAAUGAGUCAAUUCAGGGUUGAAUUGUGUUCUCAAGUCAAUCAAACUGCACUAGGAUUCACUCACUUGGUCACAGACUGGCCAUUUUGGUCCAUACCUAAGUGCGAUUGCUGGGUUCACACUUGGCUAAACAAACCACAUAGGUAAAAAGGCCAUAAGUUCAAAAUAACUGCAUGUCUCCGAUUAAAAAAAACUAAAGAAGGUACAGUAUUGCUUAUGUUGCACAUAAGGACCACAGGAACUGAUGAAACUGGAAAGGAAGGUUUAUGAACAAGUUCGCUUGACAAUGUCAUGUUAUUUUAGAUACUAAUUCUUUUUAAAGAUAUAAAAUAAAAUCAAUGAAGACAAAAGGGAGAAGUAUGAGUAGGGCCAGCUCUAGAGGAAGUGUCGGGGAGCCAUCAAUGCUAUGAAACAUGAAGAGUUUACAUAAGCCAAGUUUGAAAACUCAGGUCGAUUGAUUUGAUUUGGCGAUUUUUUUGGGACGUUUACGUGUAAUCAAAAGCCAAUAAAUUACAGGAAUAGAUGCGCGACACCCUUUGAGGCAGCAGAAGGAAUGGAGACUCACCACUGAGAGUUUUCUCAAUAAGAGGCAAGGUGUACAGUAUGUUCAUCUGAUUUUGGAUACAGUAUAAAGCAAAGGGUUUUUUGUGUUUGUAUGAUAAAAUCUCACAAAAACCUAAACUGGAAAAGAUGACAAACCUGCCAAGCUUUACCCAAGCCCAAAGAGUUCAAUUAGGUUAGUAGCACAGUGAAGCUACGCCAAGAGAUAAAAGCCUAGCGUCAAUGGAAAACGAUGACAAAAUAAAUGCUUCAAGCAAGAUAGAAUGAAGGAGCUGUUGACUAUUCAUUUGAUUCAUUCAUCCAAGAUGCUUCUUGCAUGAGCAAAUCUGCAGCAGACUCUGAUAAUACAGGUUAAACAGAAAGAAGGUAAUAAACUCAAAGCAGUGUUGAUUUAUGAAAGAAUCAAAUCUCAAAAUGCAAUGCACAUUAAUACAUUUUAAACAGAUGAUACUGUUUUGUGCCUCAGUAGUAUUUAUUCAUAUUUAUUACUAUUUAUUGUUUAUCACUUAUCACUUGGCUGCUUUUUCUGAUAUUUGAAUGACCCACACACAUAUCCUCAAUAAGACCAUCAUGUUAAAGACUUGGAUCCUCCUCUUUGCCCCCUAUGAAAAGAAAUCCUAGAACCUCCUCUGAGUAUGAGAAGCCUGUUGUAGUAAAAUGAUAGAAAUAACAAUGCUACUGUAAAACUAGAAAUUGCUAUAACAAAUUUCAAAUGUUUUUUGUUAUAUUCUAAGAGGAACAGACAUUGUUGCAUAUCCUAUAACAUGUAGUAUGCUAUAUUUUAUAUAGUUUUGUCAAGCCAACUUAAAACUUUUUUCCUCAGAAAAAUAAAUAAAUUGUUUUUACAUCUUUUUAAAUGUUA